AAACACUACGCCGCAAAAAUGACAUCAUGCUCAGCACCAUUGUUGUACCUCUGCCUACUGCUGGUGAUGUGCCUUCUUUUCUUGGAAGAAGCACAUGAGGUGCGCCAUGGAGGGAUCUCACCGAGGUCUCAACACAUGGCCCUCCUACACUGGAAAGUUUCGCUUGCAAGCCCACCCCUACAGAUGAGCUCUUGGCUGGAAAACACCAGCCCGUGCAACUGGACGGGCAUCAUGUGCACGGCUGUUCACCAUGGCCGCCGAAUGCCCUGGGUGGUGACCAACAUAUCCCUUCCGGAUGCUGGCAUCGAUGGCCAGCUUGGUGAGCUCAACUUCGCGGCUCUUCCAUUCCUCGCAUAUAUUGACCUCAGCAACAAUAGUCUCCAUGGUACACUGCCUGCUAGUAUCAGCUCCCUGUCAGCACUUUCGGUACUUAACCUUAACUACAACCUGCUCACGGGGAAAAUUCCUUGUGAGACUGGUCACCUACAAAGUCUCAAGGUGCUUGAUCUCUCAUUUAAUAGGCUCACAGGACAUAUACCCGCGUCUCUGGGUAACCUAACAAUGUUAACUGAACUUGUCAUUCACCAAAACAUGGUAUCAGGUCCCAUCCCGGAGGAGAUUGGAAGGCUUGUCAACCUACAAACUCUACAGCUAAGCAACAGCACAAUAAGUGGUUUGAUACCAAAAACCCUUGGAAAUUUGACGCAACUAAUUUUUUUGUACCUCUAUGGUAAUCAACUUUUAGGGCCUAUACCCCAAGAACUAGGCAGGCUAGUCCAUUUGCAAAGUCUUGAGCUUGGUAUAAAUGAUCUUUCAGGUCCAAUUCCAAUCUCCAUAACCAAUCUUACUAAGAUGAUAACACUCUUUCUCUUUCAAAAUCAAAUCACGGGUUCAAUACCCCCGGAACUAGGCAACCUCCCUAUGCUAAGCCAAUUGGGUCUCUACAGAAAUCAAAUAUCUGGUUCAAUACCCCCAGAACUAGGCAACCUCACUAUGCUCAAUGAACUCAUUUUCUAUGGAAAUCAAAUCACAGGUCCAAUACCUGCAGAAUUGGGAAAUCUGAUGAAUCUCCAGAUUUUUGACUUGUCCACCAAUCAAAUAUCUAGCUCUAUUCCUAGCAUCUUAGGAAAUAUAACCAAGCUAGUAGGCCUACUCCUCUUUGAAAACAAAAUAACUGGUUCCAUUCCCCAAGAGAUUGGCAAUCUGAUGAACCUCAAAUAUUUAGGGUUGUAUCAGAACCAAAUUUCUGGAUCAAUACCAAAAACUAUUGGGAAGUUGCAAAGCAUCCAAACAAUGGAAAUCUACAAAAACAAAUUAUCAGGUUCUCUCCCUCGAGAAUUUGGACAUCUCACCAGCCUUAUUGAACUUGGGAUGUCAAACAACUCACUUUCAGGACCUUUACCUGCCAAUAUAUGUUCGGGUGGCAGACUUAAAUAUCUCUAUGCUUCUUUUAAUAUGUUCAGUGGCCCCAUUCCAAGAAGUUUAAAGACAUGUACGAGUUUGGUUCGAAUUGAACUUAUGUCGAACAAACUAACUGGAGAUAUAUCUCAGCAUGUUGGUGUGUAUCCACAACUCAUAACGAUGAGCUUGGCAUCGAAUCGACUCUCUGGGCACAUCUCACCGAAUCUAGUUGGAUGUACCCAGCUAACAGUACUGCAUCUAGCACAUAAUAUUAUCAAGGGGCCCAUACCUCGUAUCCUUUCUAAAUUGUACAACCUGGUAGUACUAAGACUCGAUUAUAAUCAUCUCAGUGGUGAGAUUCCACCAGAGCUGUGCAUAUUAGCCAAUCUAUAUAUACUGAAACUAUCAUCAAACCAGUUAUCUGGAUCUAUACCUACACAGCUAGGAAAGCUCAGCAAUUUAGGAUACCUUGAUAUAUCUGGGAAUAGACUGAGUGGAUUAAUACCUGAGGACAUAGGAGGUUGCAUGAAACUUUUGUCAUUGAAGAUCAACGACAACAACUUCAGUGGGAGUUUGUCGGGUACGAUUGGAAAUUUAGCAGGCCUGCAGAUCAUGUUAGAUGUGAGCAACAAUAACUUCAGUGGCGUGUUGCCGCAGCAACUUGGGAAGUUGGAGAUGUUGGAAUUUCUGAAUUUGUCACAUAAUCAGUUUAGUGGCAACAUUCCAUCCUCUUUUGCAAGCAUGGCAAGCCUUUCAAUGCUUGAUGUGUCCUACAAUGACUUGGAAGGACCAAUCCCAACAACACGGCUACUCCAAAAUGCUUCAGCAAGUUGGUUCCUUCCCAAUAAAGGUCUGUGUGGUAACCUCUCCGGCCUGCCAUCUUGUUAUUUAAUUCCAGUAGCCGGUCACUAUAAAUGGAAGACACUUGGUUGCCUUUUACCAAUUUCUCUUGUGCUGGCUUUUGGCUUUGUUGCUGCGAUUUUUGCCAUAAUAAUGCUUAGUCGUAACAAGAGGAAACCGCAAGAAAGUGUUACCAUUGAAGGAAGGAACCUAUUCUCUGUAUGGAAUUUUGAUGGAAGAUUAGCAUUUGAUGAUAUUGUAAAGGCAACGGAAGACUUCAAAGAUAAUUACAUCAUUGGAACAGGAGGAUAUGGCAAAGUCUAUAAAGCGCAACUCCAAGACGGCCAGCUAGUUGCCGUGAAGAAACUUCACCAGACCGAUGAAGAGUUGGACGAUGAAGGAAGAUUCCGAAGUGAAAUGGAGAUCUUAACACAGAUCCGACAACGAAGCAUUGUUAAAAUGUAUGGAUUCUGCUCCCAUCCAGGGUACAAAUUUCUCGUCUAUGACUACAUUCAGCAUGGAAGCCUCCACGGGAUAUUGGAAAAUGAGGAGCUAGCAAAGGAAUUGGAUUGGAACAAGAGAAUUUCUCUUGCAAACGACGUGGCACAAGCAAUAUCUUAUUUGCACCACGAAUGCUGUCCACCUAUAAUCCAUCGAGAUAUCACAAGCAACAAUAUCUUACUUGAUACAUACUUCAAGGCUUUUGUCUCGGAUUUCGGCACGGCAAAGAUUCUUAAGCCCGAUUCAUCAAACUGGAGUGCACUAGCAGGAACAUAUGGCUACAUAGCUCCUGAACUCUCGUACACAUCUGUUGUGACGGAGAAAUGUGAUGUCUAUAGCUUUGGCGUGCUUGUGCUAGAGCUAGUGAUGGGGAAGCAUCCAAGGGAUCUAUUGGACGGUACUUUGUCGAGUCAGGAACAAGCUAUGCUGGUGAAAGAUAUUAUGGACCAACGGCCGACGACACCAACAACAACAGAAGAGAAUAGCUUAGCUCUGCUCAUCAAGCUGGCCUUUUCUUGCUUGGAAUCUUCUCCACAAGCAAGGCCACCCAUGCGGGAGGCAUGUCAAAUACUCAUCCAGCGACCCUCUUCUAGCUCCUGCCCCAUACCUUUCAGCGCACUUACAUUACAGCAAGUAAGGGAUGCAUGUUGAUAUAUGAUCUGAAUUCUAGUAAGAAGCCAGGGUCCAUUGUAGCGGAAGCCGAUUUUUAGGUUUAUAUUUUGCCUCGAGUCACUCAUAUACCAUCUAUAUAUGUUGAAGUCUGUAAUCAUCCCGUGUCAUCUCGUAGGUUUUAUUUCUAGCAAAAAUAAUAACCGGUCCAUGCAGCAUGAGCCUGUUCACGGCAUGGCCGGAUCAGUAGUUGCAUGCUAUUACAAUCGCCUCAUGGGUUGGCACGAGUACCAGCUGUAGC